AUGAAAAGAGAUAUCAUUGACUGCAAUAGUGACAGUCAAGGGGAUGCAUUUUUAGGCCUGCGAAUCGCCUCCAUUUUCGUCAUCUACAUCGGUUCUUCUUGCGGUGCUCUUUUCCCUGUGCUGGCACGAAGAUCCAAGUUCAUAAACGUGCCGAAGUCACUGUUUGAAUUUGCGAAAUUCUUUGGAUCUGGUGUAAUCAUCGCGACUGCGUUCAUUCAUCUCCUCUCUCCUGCGUUGGAUGAACUAGGGUCUCCAUGUCUGUCAGAGGCUUGGAGUGAAUACCCAUAUGCACUUGCUCUCUGCUUACUGAGCAUCUUCUCUAUAUUCAUUGUCGAACUAGUAGCUUUCCGCUGGGGCACGGCUUUGCUCGCUAAAAUAGGAAUGCAUCAUGAUGCUCAUGGGCAUGAUACCGGGUCACAUGCGGCCCAUGGACCAGAAGGGAGCAUAUCCAAUAUUUCCAAGGAUGUUGAAGCAGUACCAUCAGAGAUGACAAGCGCAAAGUCUGAAGAGCAUCAGCACCCACAUAUGGUCUUGGACUCCGCGAUCUCUCAGGUCAUUGGCGUCGCGAUCCUAGAAUUUGGUGUCGUUUUACACAGCGUGCUUAUCGGACUCACACUCGCAGUCAAUGAAGGAUUUAAGAUCUUAUUCGUUGUCAUAGUCUUUCAUCAAACUUUCGAAGGACUCGGCAUAGGCUCGCGGCUUGCUUAUAUGAAUCUCCCUUCAAGAUACAACUUCGUGCCUAUAACAGGCGCUGUGGUCUACGGAUUCACCACUCCGAUUGGGAUCGCUAUCGGUUUGGGACUAAGAACGACAUAUAACCCUAAUAGCCCUACUGCGUCCAUAGUGAGUGGCGUUCUGGACUCGCUGAGUUCUGGGAUAUUGAUAUAUACGGGCUUGGUUGAGCUCCUGGCCCAUGAGUUUCUAUUCAACAAGGAGAUGAUGGAAUGCUCCAACGCGCGAUUGACAUAUGCACUUGGCUCCAUGCUUUUAGGGUGUGGUGUGAUGGCUCUGCUGGGCAAGUGGGCUUAA